CCCGACCCGCCUGCUCUGGCAAGUUUCUUCAGACUCCCUCAACCAAAAGAUCCGGGCCUAGCCCGGGGUCCCGCUCCCUCCUGAGCGUUCCCGUAUCCUAGAGUCACUGAAAGUUCCCUCAUCCUUGGAUUUCACGGUCUCCUCCAGCGUUUAUCAACCAGGCUUCAGCUCUGUGCCAGGAACGGUGCUGGGUGCUGGGAUACAAGGACAAAAGCUGAGGUGGUCGCUGCCCUCAAGAGGCUUUCUUUCCAGGAGGGUCGCUUUGUCAUAGUAGGGUUCCCCCCUCCCACCCGGGAGCUCCGGAAGGGACCUCCCCAAACUUUCUGCUGCGCUAGCUUCUCUUGGGAUUCCGGGAUGGAAAGGGUCUCCCACUGCUGUUACGGAACCCUCGGGCCAUUAUUGUCCUGGGGCUUGCGUGGGGAUUUAUCAGUGUAGGGAAUUCCCCGUGCGUCCAGGAGCGGCGCCAGGCACAAACGGCGGGUGCCCGGGGCCGGGACUUUGCGUAGGGGGCUGAGCUCUGAGGGGCUACUUCAGCCGAUCUCCCUUCCCCCACCCGCCUCUGCCCAGGCUCUAGCUCCCAGAAGAGAGGAUGAACAUCUUGGCUCCAGUGCGGAGGGACCGCGUCCUGGCCGAGCUGCCCCAGUGUCUGAAGAAGGAGGCUGCCCUGCACUCCAACAGAACUUUCCACCCGCGGGUCAGCAGCGCGUGCCAGGAGCAGAGGACAGGCACGGUGGGGUUUAAGAUCUCCAAAGUCAUUGUUGUGGGGGACCUGUCUGUGGGGAAGACUUGCCUCAUUAACAGGUUUUGCAAAGACACUUUUGACAAGAAUUACAAGGCUACCAUUGGGGUGGACUUUGAGAUGGAGAGGUUUGAGGUGCUGGGAGUCCCUUUCAGCCUACAGCUCUGGGACACUGCCGGGCAGGAGAGGUUCAAGUGCAUCGCAUCUACUUACUACCGAGGAGCCCAAGCCAUCAUCAUCGUGUUCAACCUGAAUGAUGUGGCUUCCUUGGAACAUACCAAACAGUGGCUGGCUGAUGCGCUGAAGGAGAACGACCCUUCCAACGUGCUUCUGUUCCUCGUGGGCUCUAAGAAGGACUUGAGCACUCCAGCUCAGUAUGUGCUGAUGGAGAAGGAUGCAGUCAAGAUGGCCCAGGAAAUGAAGGCCGAGUACUGGGCUGUUUCAUCUCUCACCGGUGAGAAUGUGCGAGAAUUCUUCUUUCGUGUGGCAGCGCUGACGUUUGAGGCCAACGUGCUGGCUGAACUAGAGAAGACGGAUGCCAGGCGGAUUGGCGACAUUGUCCGAAUCAGCAGCAACGACAGCAACCUCUACCUGACGACCCACAAGAAGAGACCCAAAUGUUGCCAGUGGGGACUUUGGGGAGAUGACUGGCACGGCCAGGACAGAGAAGGGACAGGAGGGUCACUACAGCUUUGCUCUGCCUGCUGGGCACCUACCUGCUGCCCUCUUGCCCCAUCAUGCUGUGCCUUACACAUUUGUGUGCCCUCUGGGAAGGGGUAAAUCACGGAAUCACAAGACUUGGAAUUUUAGAGGCGGAAGGAGUCUUUGGUACUCGCAGAAGAGAGCUUGUUGAGGUCACUGGGCAAACUCUGGAGUGCCUUGAAAGGGACGGCUACCCGUGCAGUAGUUGCCCUGACCUUGGCAGUGAGAGCGGGCAGGCUCCCAGGGCAGUGUGGGUGGCACACAGAGUGCUAACUGGAGUGGGCUGUGGGGUGAUGGAGGGGAAGCAGCUGGCCUGCGUCUGAUGCCAGCAUCUCCUAAAGUGAAGUAGGCAGCUGCACUUGAAGAGUAUUCUGGUGACCUUGUCUGAACAUCUCUCCCCAGACCCAUUACUGAUGCCUGAAACCCCACCAACAGAGAGUGAUUCCUUUGGGUUAAACUUUGCUCUCUCCUUACUUUUCAAGAAUUAUAAUUCUCCUGCAAAGGGUGAAACCCUGAAUUCCUAGGAGAGUUUAUCUGUCUUUUCCUGAGGCUACCUGGAGGCAGGGUCCUAGAUUUAGGUCCCCUCCAGCUCCAAUCUGUGAUCCUAUCCCUCUUUAGACUAACAGGGGACGAGUCUCUGUUUAGAAGGUCACAGAUGUUUUAUAAGCUGGCUUCCCGUACAUUGCUUUCCUUCUUAGAAAGGGCCAAUGGGUGCCUGACCCUCCAUUCUUCAAGGUAGAGGUUGGCCAAACUCUGAGAGUUCCCUACAUCCCACCUCAUCUCAGGAUAUCAGAGCUAGAAGGGACCCUAGAGAUCAGUCUUCCCACCUACCCACCCUCAGCUUUAUUUUAAGAGGAAGAAACAGGCCCAGAGGGGAAAUGACUUCCCCAAGGCCAUACUGAAUCAGUGGCCAAGGCAGGACUAGAAAACAGCUCUCUAGACCCCCCAGUCUAGGAAUCUACUACAACACAAGCGUCUAAUCUCAGGCUCUUGCCCAAGCCUUGAUACCUUCAUUUGGCCUUGCCUCCUCCCCCUCUAUUCUCUUUGGUUAGAUUCCUUCCCCUUUGCCCAAAUAUUUGUAUGGGAUUUGUAAGAGGAGACGGCACAGGUUAAGUGAGUCUUGGGGACGCGGCAGGUACAAAGGAGCACUCUUGAGUGUGUCAGACGGAGGAGGGAGCCAGACCCCGGGAUCCAAGAGUCAACAUUGGCCCUUGGGCCGAUGGCCGUCCCGAUGCCCCUGGGCUUUCCUCUAUUUGAUGGUAGGUGCAUUGGUUCAUACACGUCUUGCCAAACUUCUCUUACUUCCUCACGCUUCCAGUUUCUCAAGGCUUACACGGUAGCGGGCUAUUACCUGGUGGAUGGUUCCAACCUCACUCUGAAGCUUACAGGGCAGAAGGACCCGCCUUCCCUCUCCACCAGGCUUCCCCCCGCUCUGGAGGGUUCUUGUAACCUCACUCCGGCGUCUCGCUCCUCCCCAAGGGGAAGCAUGCUGGAUCCUGGCUCGCCACUCCUAACUUUGGACCAAUUGUUGCCCUCUCUGGGCCUUGGCUUUCGUAUCUGUAAAGGACCUCGAAGAGCCCUUUCGUUUCUGUAUGCUGUAAAGUCCUCGUGUAUGUCCAGCCUCAGGUCCUCUUGCUUAAUUUUAUCCCUUUCCUCUUCCAUCCUUUUCUUUUUAAUGAGACACUCCAGGAGGUCUCUUCAAUCCACAGCAACAUCCAUCCACCCCAUCCCCGCCGUCGCUUUGGGUGACAUUCACAGGCAGACGCCCUUCUAACCCUGGUCUAGUCUUCUCAUUCAAGGCCCUCCAUGAUCUGUCUCCCCAUCCUCUAGUCCACAUUUUAGCCAAGUUGGGGGAACGGGCUUCCUCUCUGCUCCCUUUUCUUGGCUCUCUCUCCUUUACUCCAUUCGUGCCCCUUUGUUCUCCCCCAAUUUAUCUGUCUGAUGAAGUUCCCCCAAGGUCUCCUCCAUGGAGCCCCCUCCUUGGCCAUCGUGGUGAAGGGUUUCUCCUGCCUCUGAUUCCCCUGAGCACCUCGGCCAUGCCCUGCCUUUUGUAUUAUCUGUAUUUGCAGACUUGUCUUUUUGUGCCUUCUGUGGCUCCCGUGUGCCCAAUGUGGGACUCUGCAUCCCACAGGUGCCUAAUAAACAUUUGUUGGCUUCAA